GUUGUAAACCAUAUAAAGCUAUAAACGAAGAUAGAGGCCUUCUCUUUCGUAGAGUACAAAAACCCUAACCCUAAGCUCCUUUUAAACAGAGAGACGCUUGCAACCCUAAUUUCUGCCUCUGUUCAAAUUAGCCUCUAUUCAUACAUUGAACACUCAAAAAUGAAGUACGUCGCUUCUUAUUUGCUCGCUGUGUUGGGCGGAAAUGCACAGCCCUCUGUUGAUGAUAUCAAAAAAAUUCUUGGAUCAGUUGGAGCUGAUGCUGAUGAAGAAAGGAUAGAGUACCUUUUAUCGGAGGUUAAGGGAAAGGACAUCACUGAAUUGAUUGCUUCUGGAAGGGAGAAGUUGGCAUCAGUGCCAUCUGGUGGUGGUGGUGGUGGUGGUGUGGCGGUUGCAGCUGCUGCACCUGCCAGCGGGGGUGGCGCUGCUGCGCCAGCAGCUCCUGAGGCGAAGAAAGAGGAGAAGGUUGAGGAGAAGGAAGAAUCAGAUGAUGACAUGGGUUUCAGCUUGUUUGAUUGAGGGAGUGGAGGCUGUGCAGGACCUGUUAGAAGUCCUUAGAUUUUCUUUAUUUUGCAUUACUGAAUUUUUGUAGUUGCUGAGAAGUGAGAAACCUGAAAAAACUUGAAUGUUGUUCCAUAAUCAAGGGAUUAAGAUUUUUGGUGAACUUUUAGACAUGUAGGUCACUGCUACAUGAAGACAGGAUUUUUCUUGAGUUCAUUAUUUUUAUAUUAGUCCAUUAUACAAUGCAUUAAAAUGUUGAUGAUUUUC